AUGGACUUCCCUGCCCAGGUUCUCAUCGCCGAUCUCCCGCGAGGAGGUGAUCUCAUAGAUCGCAGCAGCAACGGGCGACCCACCACACUGGUCCGAUCCGAGAAGGAACCCAAACCCGAGCAACUCAACCCAUCCGUCGUCGUCACCGACGUCGCAAGCGUUGAUGCCCAACUGACCAAACUCAACGAGUCGCUCGCCGCGUUGGAGACGGAGGCGCACAGUGCGCUUCACGGUGCCGUGGUUGACGAGUGCCAAGCCGGUCUGGAGGCUGUCGAGGAGCUUCUUGUCGGCUUGGCUGAGCGCGCUUCCAAAAGGACCUUUUGGCAGAAGUGUUUUCCGUGCAAAGGAUGGAAAAAGCGGGAUCUGCUGAGGAGACACGUUGGUGUCGUCCAGGAUACCUACGAGACUGUCGGCAAGACGCAUCAGCGGGUUGGCCUGGCCUUGGCAGAGCUCUGCGGAAAGGCUGAUCGUCUGGGCGAGGACGCGAAGAAGCUAGCCGACACCAUUGGUCAAGCGAAAAUCGCCCUGGACCAGAAGAGGGAAACUCAUGAUGCCCUUUUCAAGGAUGUGGAGCAGAAGUUGUCGAGCAAGAUGUUGCAACGAACAGUCCUUUGUUGGCAGGAGAAGAGCCUCAAGGCGGAGAUGGAGUGGGCAGAGGCACAGCUGUGCGCCAUGAGCGGCAACGACGCGCCUUGCCGUGGUGGACAUGGACACGAUGAUGGAGAUGGAGAUGUGUCCCUGAUUACGAGCGAGCAAGCGGCCGUCGCAGGGAUGAGGUUCGAGAUCAAGCAGAUUGCGGACCUGCUCUCAACCCUAACAUGCUACUCCCGCAUGCUCACAGCCGAUAGCUGGACGAUUGGCUGGGAGCUCAAGCGCCUCAGAGAAGAUUGUGGCGCAAAGGACGGCAACAUUGAUGGGGUCCGCUUGGAGACAAUGUCGGCUUCGAUGGAGUCGGUGUUUCGGGUGAAGCACGAAGGGGUCAGCACCGACUUGCGGAGACAACAUGGGGCGCUGAGGGAGGCGCAAAAGAGGUGUCUUUCCGCUGCUGCGAGGUUGGAGAAGCUUCGGGAGUCGAAUUUUGGCGAUUUGGUGGUUGGGUUGAGUGACCUGGCGAAUCUGGGCGCGAAGAAGCAAACAGGAAAGAAACUAGGCUUGGAGAGGUGCAAGUUGCUCAAGAAGGGCAAGCCGAUCAAGUUUCCUCACGCUUCACAUCACGGAUUGACGUUAUUGGCAUAUAAUUAA